GCUUUAUCGUUUCGCGGCUACUUGGUGUGUGUUUGGUGAAAAGCUUGUUUCAUUGACGAUCGACGAAAACGAGCUGAAAAUCUUCAUCUUGUUUCUCCUCGAUUUCCAUUUCCGAACAACUCCAUGGCCGCUCUUCACCACUCCUCUUCCACUGCUCCGGUCAAGAACGUCCUUCCUUCUCAAGAACUCCUCGAUGAUCUUUGCAGUCGAUUUGUUUUGAAUGUGCCGAAGGAAGAUCUACAAUCAUUUGAGAGGAUUCUAUUCCUCAUAGAGUAUGCACAUUGGUUUUAUGAAGACAACUCGGUGGAAAGGAAUCCAUCUUUAAAGUCAUUGAAUUUGAAGGAGUUCACUUCAUUAUUGUUUAAAAGCUGCGAUGUUUUAAAACCAUAUGUUGCCCAUAUUGAUGAUAUCUUUAAAGACUUCACUUCAUACAAGGUUCGAGUUCCUGUAACUGGGGCAAUCAUAAUGGACGAGACAUUUGAGCGGUGCUUGUUAGUCAAGGGAUGGAAAGGAUCAAGUUGGAGUUUUCCACGCGGUAAAAAGAGCAAAGAUGAGGAAGACCAUGCUUGUGCCAUUAGAGAAGUCCUGGAAGAAACAGGAUUUGACAUUACAAAUCUUCUCAACAAAUCUGAAUACAUAGAGGUUAUAUUUGGACAGCAAAGGGUGCGGCUUUACAUCAUUGCUGGUGUGAAAGUUGAUAAUAUCUUCGCCCCGCAAACUAAGAAAGAGAUCAGUGAAAUUGCAUGGCAUCGACUCGAUGAUCUUGAACCAGCUAGUGAUAAUGUAAUAUCUCGUGGGAUGAACGGUCUCAAGCUUUAUAUGGUUGCUCCUUUUUUGGCAUCUCUGAGGUCAUGGAUUUCGACACAUCAUCCCCCUGUUCAUCCAAACCCCGAUGUGUCAAUAAGAGGACUAACGGUAUGGAAGGCUAAGAACAGCUCGAUAGGUAGCAGCAGUACAAUCAUAAUGGAGAGCCAAUUAAGUAAACAAGAAGUGGAUGUUUCCAUCCCGGACACUGGUCCAGGCAGGAGCUUCAGAAACUUCAAGUUUGAUACUGCCUCAAUCUUACAGUCAAUGGAUAGAGCCUUUUCUUAAGUCUUCUAUAAGUCCUAAUGACCUUUUUCCUUAGUUAGACCUUAUAGAUAUGUCAAAUUACUAAAUAAUAGUAAUAGCAAAAAAAAAAAAAAAAAAAAAAAAAUUAGAAAUAGGAGUGCUAGGACAGACCAGGGGGGUUGAUUUGAUCUACUUUGCCAGCUUGAUUGAUCUACUCAACCAUUGUCCUUCAUGCUGUUUUGGACAUAAAAUGUUGGUUUAUACAGUCUUCUUUUGUGUGAAAUUUGCAUAUAUUCUGUAGUG